CAUGCGAAAUGGGUGAUUCAGCUCUGUGGAGGAGCGCGUGUCCUACCCGCCACUUUAUUCCGCCCUCUUUCAUCUUCUGCCGCUCUUGGGCUGAGAUUCCUAAACCCCCGUGCCUUUUGGAUGAGUGAUUUGCUGCAGUUGAACAGCCGCCCAAUAUAGAGAGGGGGCGGUCGAAUAAGGCGUCGUGUUGGUCCCUUGCACUUAUAAAAGUACGUGUAUGAUGUGCCUACUGUAUCAUCGGCCAUGUCCAUCGAGCCUUGCAUCCGGAGUGCUGCUGCAGCAUCCAUCAUGCAAUGCAAAUAUGCACGGAGUCAAAGCCAGACAAGGUUGCGAGUGGCACAAAAACGAGCAGGAUGCUGCCGUGCCCCAAAUCUCUUUGUCGUUCCGUCUUCUGUGUGCACCAUCACGACAAUGGCCGGCCGCAGAAUCUCGCGGGCCUGAGUCUGGGUGGCCGCAGAAUCUGGCCGCAGAAGGUCGGGUUGCAUGUGACUUCAAUGCCUGUGCCUGUGCUCGUGCUCUUUGAAGGAUUGAGUUUUGCUCUUUUUUUUUGCUCUUUUUUUUUUGAACCCCUGCCGUGUGGCUGCAGCAGUG